GCCAUGGUGGCAAUGGCGUCACAUAAGAAAGUGUGACGUAAGACGUUGGUGCGGGUGCCUGCCCGCGCUGGAUGGGAGAGCCCCCGACCCCGCGGCCCGCGGCCAGCUCCACCGCCGGCGCCGGCGCGACGUCAUGGCCGGAGCUGCUCGCGCCGUUCGACCUCUCCCGCCUCCGCGCCACGCUCUCCUCCCGCCCGCUCACCCCGCGCCACUUCGCCCGCCUCCUCGCGCUCCCGCUCUCCCCGGCCACCUCCCUGCUCCUCCUCGACUGGUACGCGUCCUCCCACCCCGCGCUCUCGCCCUCCUCCCUCCCGCUCCGCCCCGUCCUCGCCGCCGCCGACCCGGGCCGCGCGCUCGCGCUCCUCGACUCCCUUCCCCCCUCCCGCCUGCCCCCGCUCCGCGAGUCGCUCCUCAUCCCGCUCCUCCGCUCCCUGCCCCCCGGCCGCGCGCUCCACCUGCUCGACCAAAUGCCCCGCCGCUUCGCCGUCGCCCCGUCCUUCCGCUCCUACAACGUCGUGCUCUCCACGCUCGCGCGGGCCGACUGCCACGCCGACGCGCUAGCGCUGUACCGCCGGAUGCUCAGGGACGGCGUGCCGCCCACCACCUUCACCUUCGGGGUCGCCGCGCGCGCGCUCUGCCGCCUCGGACGCGCCGACGAGGCCCUCGGGCUGCUCCGCGGGAUGGCGUGCCACGGCUGCGUGCCCGACGCCGUGCUGUACCAGACGGUCAUCCACGCGCUGUGCGACCAGGGAGGGGUUGCCGAGGCCGCCACGCUCCUCGACGAGAUGUUCCUGAUGGGUUGUCCAGCGGACGUGAACACCUUCGACGAUGUCGUGCGCGGGCUGUGCGGGCUUGGACGGGUGCGCGACGCAGCCAGGCUGGUGGACAGGAUGAUGACGAAGGGGUGCACGCCGAGCGUUCUGACGUACGGGUUCCUCCUGGAGGGGCUGUGCAGAGCAAGACAGGCGAAUGAGGCGUUGGCAAUGCUGUGGGGGGUGCCAGAGGUGAACGCCGUGUUGUUCAACACGGUGAUUGGUGGGUGCUUGGCUGAGGGGAAGCUGGCUAAGGCGACAGAACUGUAUGAGAUAAUGGGUUCCAAAGGCUGCCCGCCAGAUGUGCACACAUACAAUAUAUUGAUACAUGGUCUUUGCAAGCUUGGGAGGAUUGGUUCGGCUGUGCGGAUUCUUGGUGAGAUGGAGGAGAAGGGUUGUGCACCAAAUGUCGUGACCUACACAACCUUGCUGCAUUCGUUUUGCAGGAAUGGCAUGUGGGAUGACACAAGAGCAAUGCUGGACCAGAUGUCGGUGAAGGGCUUGAUUAUGAAUUCCCAAGGAUACAAUGGAAUGAUAUAUGCGAUAUGCAAGGAUGGCAGGUUUGAUGAUGCAAUGAGGCUCGUCCAAGAGAUGAAGAGUCAGGGGUGCAAGCCUGAUAUUUGCACGUACAAUACAAUAAUUCAUCAUUUGUGCAACAAUGACAGGAUGGAGGAGGCGGAACAUCUUUUUGGAAACUUACUUGAAGAGGGUGUUGUCGCCAAUGGAAUAACUUAUAACACUCUCAUUCAUGCACUUCUGCGUAAUGGAAGGUGGCAGCAGGGCCUAAGGCUUGCUAAUGAAAUGGUACUUCAUGGCUGCUCACUAGAUGUUAUUAGCUACAAUGGGCUGAUAAAAGCCCUCUGCAAAGAGGGGAAUGUUGAUCGGAGUAUGGGGUUGCUUCAGGAAAUGAUGGAAAAGGGAAUUAAGCCAAAUAAUUUCUCAUACAACAUCCUGAUCAGUGAGCUCUGCAAAGCAAGGAAGGUAGGUGAUGCACUAGAGCUCUCAAAGGAGAUGUUGAAUCAGGGACUCACUCCUGAUAUUGUGACUUACAAUACCCUCAUAAAUGGAUUGUGCAAAAUGGGAUGGACACAUGCUGCUUUAAAUCUCCUAGAGAAGCUACCCAACGAAAAUGUGCAUCCUGAUAUUAUCACAUAUAAUAUUCUAAUUAGUUGGCACUGCAAAGUCAGAUUGAUUGAUGAUGCGGCUAUGCUUCUAAACAAAGCAGUAAGUGGAGGGAUAGUUCCUAAUGAGCGAACUUGGGGAAUGAUGGUGCAAAAUUUGGUCAGGCAUCCAGCCAAUCUCGAGGGCUAUUAGAAGGUUUUAUUGUAUAUGCUGUAUGUUGUAGUGGCUGUCAUGGUUUUGGCACUAUGUGAAGCUUGAUAUGUUUUGAAGAUCAAAAUGAAGCGCAUCUUGCCUUCCAGCACACCGUUCGUCAUGCAUGUUGAUCUGGACUGUUGCAGUUCUCAUAGAAUACUGGUUAAGCGUGGCAGCAAACAUACUAGCCAGUUCUUUGAGAUAGUUCGGCCAUAAUGUUGGCUGAAAAAUGCCUGAAUGGGAAAGGAAGGGAAAAUUUCCAGUAGCGGAGUGACCAUAUUUGGAAUGGACCUUUCUACCUGUCCUUUGCACAUCCUAUCUGCAGUAUUGAACCACCCCAAGGUGCACAUUGCACGGUGUGUGGGAAAGACCUCCCGCUAAUAACCUCCCCCAGACCCCGCGCAGUGCGGGAGCCUACGGCACUG